CUAGUGUUGUGCUGUGUAAGGCAGACCCUACUAGAUGCUGAAGACAAGCGAUGGCAGGUGGCAUUUGCAUUAGACUGGUUCUCACCAGCAACUGUAGGAAAGAGUGGAUCAAGAAGGCAGCUGAGGCGAUUCAGAGCGCUGGGCUUCCUACUGAGAAGUGUGACGAAAAUGCUGUAAUGAAGCUGACAAAACGAGAUGGCAACAUGUAUGUGUGUGACCCGUUUGAAGGAGAAGCAUUCAACCAUCUAGUGGAGUUGGGUUGCAGAAUUGCAGGCCCUCUGUGUGUGUUGUCCUGUCUCCAGAAGGAAAUAGCGGUGCCAAAGGUGAACCACCCAAUCUAUAGUAUCAGCAUGCUCCAUGUCACUGUUAGCUGCUCCAGCAUAGAGAAAACUGAGCGGGAUAAGAUACAUAGAUUGGUGCAGUGGAUGGGUGGAACAGUAUCGAAGAAUUUCACAGACACUGUGUCACACCUUAUUGCUGGAGAGGUGGGCUCUAAGAAAUACCAUGUUGCUGCUAGUCUUAACACGCCAGUCAUGCUGCCAGAAUGGGUUUACACCUGCUGGGAGAGGGGAAAAGACAGUUACCUGUGUGCUACCGAUAAGAACUUUAGGAUUAAGUUCGGCUGUCCAGUGUUCAGGGGGUGUGUGAUCUGUGUUACCGGCCUAGAGAGUGACGAGAGGAGGGAUAUACGCAUAUUGACUGAUGAAAAUGGGGGUCAAUACAGCGGGGAGAUGAAAUUUAACGAAUGCACUCAUCUUAUUGUUAACAGUCCUAGAGGUCCGAAAUACGAGUUUGCAAAGAAAUGGAAAAUCCACUGCAUUACUUCAAGGUGGUUCUUUGACAGUAUUGAUAAAGGGUAUUGCCAAGACGAGAACCUGUAUCAAGUUACGCCCGAUGCCCACUCUACGUCUACCCCAAAUAGGGCAGGAUCCAAUCCAAGACUCAGUGGUGGAAUGUCUGUGGGUAAUUUCAGUACAAUCAGCCAUGUCAGCAUGACCUCUGCUGUUGACGACACGGCCAUGACUGAAGCCAAUGUCUCGAGGGCCGAGCAGCGCACCACUAUGGGAGAGUUGGACGAGUUGGACUUGAAUUUGGCAGAUGCGGGCUUGUUCCUGGAUGGUUGCAAGGUAUUUCUUAGUGGUUUCUCGGGGGGCCGUCUCGAGAAACUGCGGAGGAUCAUCAACUCUGGGGGUGCUACCCGCUUCAACCAGAUCAACAAGAGUGUGUCUCAUGUUGUUAUGGGGGAAAGAGUACAAGAACAUGUCACCAUGAUGACACAGUCAACUCUCAGACCCCAUGUUGUGAGUGCCCAGUGGCUGGUGGACUGCUUCAAGCAGUCCCGCCAACUACCAGAAGAGCCGUACAUCUGUCUAGACUUGCCACCGGUCACCUCAGCAUCACCAGCUGCACAUUCAAAAUCUAAUCAGCUGCGGAAGCCUUCCGAGGCGAGAAGCAGCAGAAGCGAGGAGGGCCCCAAGCUGUCGGCCAGCAGGAGAGAGGAGGAAGCUGAGGAUGACAAUGUCAUGCAGCAGUACCUUCCUGACAGAUCAGAUCUAAACGAUUCUGAGAUAGUGUUCAAGAUGCUACAGGGAGAUGCUGGCCAAGCACCAACCAGACAGAGGACCGCUGGUGGCGAGGAUGAAACACAGAUGGAAGAAAAUGAAGAUGUCACAGUGCUUGAAGAACGGGUGGAUGGUAUUUUCUCGGGCAAGACCUUUGUCAUUUUAGGUUUUCCUCCGGAACAAGAAGAGCAGAUUCUCGAAAUGACUGUAGGGCAGGGAGGUAAGGUCAAGACGGGAGGUGCCCGCUGCGUGGCAGACUUUGCCGUGGUACCCAUCAACGGCUGUGAGGUGUCUGUCUCUGUCCAGGAGGUGGUCUCCAACUGCUGGCUGCAGAUGUGCCUGGAGGAAGCCCAGCUUCUGGACCCAACCACCAACCCUCUCUUCUCACCGAUUGCAAUCACGGAAGAUGGCAGUCCACUGAGUGACUGCGUUCUGACCGUCAGCCAGUUUUCCGGAGUGGAGCGGGACUGCCUGAUCCACAUAGCCGAACUCCUUGGGGCCAGGUGCCAGGAAUACUUCUCCCGCAAGGCCACCAAUGACCUGAGGCCCAACACCCACCUCCUGCUGAGGGAGGCCAGCGGGUCUAAGUACAAGGCUGCCAAGAAGUGGAAAGUCCCAGCCAUCACCAAAGAUUGGCUGUUGGAGUGUGCCAGGAAAAAUGAGCGACAGCCAGAGAAGAAAUAUCUUGUCGAUCUGUUGGACCAGCAAGACGAAAGUAAGGCCAAUGAUCAGACAGCAGUGCAGGGAGGGGAACAAGUUCCUUUAGAACCUGACCUUGGCAAGAUAACGAGUGCAGAGGAGCAAAACAAUGUUCCUGUUACCAGGGACAUGUCAGAAAAGCAUCCAGCAGCUCAGAAACCCCAGCUGGAAGAAACAACUGUGCAAGAAUACAAGGAGGAAACCAGAAACGUGACCGGGCUGGAUGCCAACAGAGUGCAAGAGCAACCGUGCAAUUUGAAGGAAUCAAAGCCGUUACGUGACAACAACAAAGAGAAUCAACAGGGCGUGGCUGCAAAGGACACACCCAAGGACUUGGCUGUUGUCAAUAAACACCUGGCAGUCGCCAGCAGCGGCGCUGCUCUUUCCAAGGACACGCCCAGUAAGUUCUUACAACAUGGCAGGGUCUUUCAUCCAACCUUUGACACCAAGGACGCCCUUGAGUUUUUGGAGUCACCGGCUGGACAGCAUCACAAGAAACGCCACACAAGAAAGUCGAGCUUGCCCCUGGACGAUUUCUUCCACAUGAACAUCGCCAAAGCAGUACAGAAGACUGGGGAGCAGGCUGCAGACGAGGAAGCUGACAAUACAGUCUUUCAUGAACCGGUGAAAUCUCAGGGAAUUCUAGAAGGUGUUGUCGUCUGCGUCAGCAAGAAGCUCGUUGCCCAGCAGGCUGAGUAUAAUGCUGUUGCUGUUUCAUUAGGGGCCGAGUUCCGCUGGACAUUUGAUGACACCUGUACACAUUUUAUCUUCAAGGGAAGAAACAAUGACACUUCAAAAGAAUUUCGAGCAGCCAAGGAGAAAGGAAUGUCUAUUGUCUCACCUUUCUGGCUCCUUGCAUGCGAAGAAGAAGAGAGGCAUGUAGAUGAAGCAAGCUACCCACACACGUUCAACCCAAAGAUGAGUUUGUCGGUGCUGUCUACUAGACUGCAGACCCCAUCACGGACACCCACCAGGACUACACGGCAGACCCGUAGCAUGGCACACACGCCACGCGCCCCUUCUGUACCCACCCCUCAGCCCACUCCACCCCCUCCCCAGGACGAAGCCACCAUGGAUGGUUUCGGGGACGGCUCCACUGACAGUGAAGACGACGAGCUUCUGAGGAUGGUGGAGGCAGCGGAAAGGGGAGUUGAGGAGGGAAGGACUGUGGAGGGUGGGUCUGGGGUCGAGGCAGGGUCAAGGGUCACAGAAGAGGAAGGGUCCCUGGAGCAAAAGGAGACGGUGCAGAAACAGCUGGAGGGAAUUAUGUCAUCCACCAUGAAUACUAGAGGUGGCAGGAGGCGUAGCCGCAUUCACAAGGUGAGCAGCUCAACAGCCAGCACAUUAUCCAGUAACAUCACAGGGAGGGACAGGCCACUCAGUAGGGGAGGUGGUCGACGCACCCGCUCUAGCCGAGCGAUGGUUCACAGUGAGGAAGACAGCCGAGGAGGCACUGGCACAGCACUGUCAGUUCGUCCACCAGACCUUCACCAUGAAGCUUCACAGAAUGUCCAGAUCACCUGGGACGAUCCCACAGGGCGCAAGGAGCGGGAGAAGAUCAUGGCCCAGCUCAAGCGGUCCUGCAGUCCUUCCCAGAACAGCGUGGAGGCAGAGGAUGGGAAUGCAAAGGUGAAUGAUGAGGUCUCAGGGGAUACGUCCAGAGUUUCUCUCCAGGAGCGAGGGCACAGCCCGGCUGACCCAGCAUUGCAUCGAGAGGACCCCAGAGAUGCUCUCCCAUCCCCUACCCCGCAGGCACCCCCGAUUCGCCUGCCUGUGGCCAACCCUCCAGUGGCACCUCAGCCGGUUCAAGUGCAUCACAAGGAACCCGAAGUUGAGGUCCAGCCCAAGCCACUGUUGAAAUUCCUCUUGUCUGGCAUGAGGCAAGAGGAGAAGAUCGAUUACAGUGCCCUCGUGGAGCAGCUUGGUGGAGUGGUCAAUGACGAGAUGUACUUUGACCCCAGUUGCACCCACCUAGUAGUUGGUAAUCCAACUCGCAAUGAGAAGUACCUAGCCUCUCUGGCCAGCGGAAAGUGGGUUCUGCACAAGUCUUUCUUUGAGGCAUGCCGGAGGGCAGGAGAGUUUGUUGAGGAGGAGCCCCAUGAGUGGGGCAGUGCCACCGAUCUGAGCACCCUGAAUGAGCAGACGGUCAAGCUAGCUCUGGCGGCAUGCAGGUGGCGUCGCCAACUGCAGCAGACACAGAAGACAGUAGCUGAAGAGCUCUGUGGGGCUUUUGUUGGCUGGAGGGUCGUGCUGUACAUUGACCGCAGCAAGGAGGCAAGCUUCAAAAGGAUUCUGUUGGCUGGAGGGGCCAAGGUCCUGGGCAUGCGGCCUCCGUUUACCAACCUGCAAGACGUGACCCACGCAUUUAUGGACCUUCAGAAGACCAAGAAUCCAGAAGGCGUGCUUGACCUAGAAGCUAUUGCCUCAGCUGGUAUCCUGUGCUUGAAACCAGAAUACAUAGCAGAUUUCCUCAUGCAGGAUCCUGCACCGGACCACACGAAGUACUUCAUCAAUGAAAUCAAGCCGAUUAUGGAAAGCAUUUAUGAAAGUGCCCACCACUCGCGUAGUAGCCGAACACCAUCAAAAAGGAAAAGACAUGAUGCCGUCCCGACACCAAAGAGUAAAAAGGGCAGAGUACGAUGAUAUAACCAACAUGCUGUUGACAGACUUAAGAUUCAUGCUCGGGGCAAGUGUCUUGGGGCUGUUGAAACAAAAUGGAAGCAAAUUUUGGAAAAUUCCCCUGUAAAAUAAAAUUCAACUUUCAAGCAAUUUUUUCCUAAGUGCAAACUGUACUAUACCAACCACAAAAAUGUAAACAAAGAAAUUUCACAGAGUUGUCCAAUUCCAAGUAUAUUGUUAGCAUUGCUAUUUUAACUUAAGAGAAAUUCUCGUGCAGAACUGUUUGGCAGAGAACCCUUGUUAGAAGCUAUUCAAAGAGAAAGUAGACCAUUUGACACAAAUGAGAGGAUGUGAUGACUGUCACAAGACUAAAUGGAGGAGUGUCCCUUCAGGUGAAAGUUUAGAGUGAAAUUUUUCUUACUGCAGUUCCCAGAAUCCUAUGUGACAUUAACUAGAUUUACUUGUCAUUCAUUUUGGUCUGAAAAUUUACUUUGACCACUUGCAAGUUACGCCUCUCAAUGAAAACUACUGUACUCUACACAUGUGGACUGGCACGGAGGUCACUAGUGCAUGUUUGUAUGCCCCAAGGGACUACGAGUGACUGGAGGGGAGGGUCAUAUUUCCCAAAGGCCAAGAGAGAUAGAACCCUCAUCUGGUCACUUACAGGCCCAAAGGAGGCAUGGACAUCCACAAGAGUCUGAAUUAUGCCAGUCCAUGUGUUUUAUAGCACACCCUUCUAAAAUUUAAAUUGGAAAAACUACAUGAUUAUAUAACUGAACUGUUCUAACUUAACCAUAUAAGUAAUGAACAAUUCAACAGACACUUCAACAAUUAACUUGGCUGUUUUAAAACUUUCCAUGCAUGUACAUGUAUAGAGACUCCUUACCAUUGCAUUUUUGGCUGACCAGUCUUGGAAAAAUAGGCGUUGCACGUUUCAUAUAGUUUGUCUCUGGGCCUCACUCCAAGAAAGUUUCCUUGUUGGAAAGACAGUCACAAACCACUCAUGACAUCAGUUUAACAACAGGAAAGAGUAAAUGUUAACAUAUAAACAACCAUAAUAGGCACUUGUAUGGUUUUAGUAUUGAAAUGAUGCUUGCAAUUUGUUUUAUUGGAAUUUUAGGGGCAUCCCAAUUAUGUUCUAGCUGAAUUUUGCAUGUUUGGUAAAUGUUGACCCUUAGUAUGUAAUGUACAAUAUAAUUUUGUACUUUUCAGGUAUGUGCAUUUGCUUUCCAUUAACCAUAAAUUGAUUAUUUAAAUUCCUAAAGAAAUAAAGUAACAAAAGGAACCUUU